AUGGCAGACAACGCCCCGACGUCAGCCAGCACGCUGCUCAAGGAUGCCGCGCAGUCUGCAGCUACCGCCGACGAGGUGGCCAAAAGACACGAUUUGCUCCCUAAGCUCAUUCCAUAUCUCGACCGUCAGCUCAUCUUCCCGCUGCUGGAGUUUGCGUCAAAUCAGGAAGAGGACGAGGAGGCCAUCAACCAGAUCACAAAGUCGAAGUAUGAGCUCCUCAAGCAAACCAACAUGGCGGACUACAUUGCCAGUCUGUGGCAGGAAAUCAACGACUCGGAUACCGUACCAGAGGAGUUUGUCACCAAGAGAGAAGAGGUCGUGCAGAAGCUGCAGCAUUACGUCGAUGCAAGCAGCAAGAUCACAGAGCUGCUACAGGAUGAUGCUGUAGUGGGCAACCUGCGCAGUGAUAAGGCCGCCAACUUGAAAUUCUUGGAGGAGCAGCACGGGGCCACCAUUGAGAUGGUCAACACACUCUACGACUUUGGUCGAUUCCAGUACAGCUGUGGCAGCUACGGUAAUGCUGCUGAACUUCUAUACCAAUUCCGUGUCCUCUCCACCGAUAACGACAAGGUUGCCGCCGCUACGUGGGGAAAACUCGCCUGUGAAAUCCUGACCACCAACUGGGAGGGUGCCAUGGAGGAAAUCACCAAGGUUAAGGACUCGAUUGAUACCCGUCUUUUUAACAACCCACUUAGUCAGCUCCAGCACCGUUCGUGGCUUAUCCACUGGUCUCUAUUCCCAUUCUUCAACCACGAGCCCGCCCGUGAUGUGCUCACAGAUAUGUUCUUCCACCCCGCCUAUAUCAACACCAUACAAACCGCCUGUCCCUGGAUCCUCCGUUACCUCACUGCCGCCGUCAUCACCAACCGGAGCCGCGCCCACAAGAACUCUGCUCUCUACCAGAAGCAACUCAAGGAUCUUAUCCGUGUUGUUCGACAGGAAGAAUACGAAUAUCAAGAUCCCAUCACCGAGUUCGUCAAGGCUCUCUACAUUGAUUUCGACUUUGAGGAGGCUCAAAAGAAACUUGGUGAAGCCGAAGAAGUUUUACGGAGUGACUUCUUCCUCGUUGCUGCAGCAGAUGCCUUUGUCGAAUCUGCCAGACAUUUAAUAUCAGAGAGUUACUGCAAGAUCCACCAGAGAAUUGACAUCAAUGAUCUCUCCACUCGCCUUGGCCUAAGUCAAAAUGAAGGCGAGAAAUGGAUUGUCAAUUUGAUUAGGGACACCCGUGUUGAUGCAAAGAUCGAUUACCAAGAAGGAACUGUCCUCAUGAACCACCCUCCUCAGUCAGUCUACCAGCAGGUCAUCGAGAAGACAAAAGGAGGUUUCUUCCGAACACAGGUCUUAAGCUCGGCUGUUGCCAAAUAA